UAUCCUAAAGUCUGUAAAUUUUCUUCCGCAACCAUUUGUAAUAACCUGCUAUAGCACGUAUGCUGAUGGGUCUAUCCGUCAGGUUUCAAUCCCAUCCUUGGAGUCCUUGACAAUGGCUGGACUUCCUAAUCUGGAAGAUAUAUGGACCGAUGAAUCUCCAUUGGGGCUGAGCAGUCUCCAAUUUCUUGAGGUCUCUUCAUGCAAAUCUCUGGCAAAGGUCAUCAACUCCAGGUCACUAGUAAAACUACACAAGCUACACACUUUAAAGGUACAAGCUUGCGUUUCGGUGCAAGAAAUUUUUGACCUCGACGGACUAGGCACCAGUGCAAAUAUCGAGACUCUUCCUGAGCUAGACACCAUCUCUAUAAGCGGAUUACCACGCUUGAGGUGCAUAUGGAACAAGAAUCCUUGUGGAAUUGUGAGAUUCCAUAAAUUAAAGCAAUUGAAGGUGUUUGGCUGUAACAGCCUCGAGUUUCUGUUUUUCCCAUCCAUGGUUCAAUCUCUUGCACAAUUAAGAGAACUAAAUGUACGAGAUUGCAAGAAGAUGGAGACGAUCAUCAUAGAGGAUGAAGGGUUGGGAUUAGACACAUCAACAACUCUAGUAUUCCCGAUGUUAACCGAUUUACGGGUUGUACGUUUGGAAAGUUUGACGUGCUUCUCUCGCAGAAAGUGUAAGAUUGAUUUUUUUUUCUGGUUUAAUCAUUAA